UUUAACCCAUUACCAACAAAUCUCUCAUCAAAUCAUUCACACACCUCACCCUCUGCCCCCACCACUUUAAAGCUCCAUACUAUUGCUAUAUCAUCCUAAAGCUGCUGCUGCAGCUAUAGCUAGGUUUGGCAGUAGUGCAAAAUUUCUUUAGAGAUAGGAGGUGGGUUUUUUUUCUUCUUGGUGGAUCGCCAUGUCUUCUUCUCCUUAUUCUUGUUGUUGUUGUUGGGUGAAAAUUUUAUUGUCUCUAGUUGUGUUGGUCACGUGGGGGUGUCUGGAAGGUGCAAACGGUGCAUCCUCUACAGUGAAAGUGAGUAACAUAUCAAAGAUAGAAGGAGCAAUGAACUUCCAUCUUUAUUAUGGACAGACCUUCAAAGUCAUCAAGAAUGUCGUUGAUGGCAAGAGCUACCUCCUCAUUCAGAAUAACUCAAGAAUGGCAACAAGGACAAAAUAUUGCACCUCAAGGAUCAAGUCUUUUGUCAUCCCACUCUCAAAUUUUUCUGCUGAUACCUACUUCUUUCCAGUUUCCUUUUUCGAGCUAUUGGGCAUGCUAGAGAGUAUGAAAGGCAUUACAUCAGAUUCUGUGGCUUCUGAAUGUGCCUUAAAGUUAUAUGAAAGAGGAGAAACUGAGAUGAUUAACAGAAGUGACCCACGAUUAUUUGCUCAAUUUUCAGCCCAUUUUGUUAGUGAUACUGAUCAAACUCAGGCUUGUAAUUUUGCAAAUUUUGCUCCUUUUGGAGAGGAUUACCCUCUGCAGAGAGCAGAGUGGAUCAAGUUCUUAGGAGUUUUUGCAAACCUUGAGUCCAGAGCCAAUCAAGUCUAUGGCACAGUCAGGGACAACUAUCUAUGCCAAGCUAAGGUUGCAGCAAAUAAAACAAGAACCUUUAAACCAAUAGUUGCUUGGAUGGAGUAUUACAAUGGUAUAUGGUCUUUCACAAAGGAAACAUACAAGUUGAAGUAUGUGGAAGAUGCAGGUGGAGAAAAUAUUGAUAACUCUAUCAACAAGAUCACUUACAACGUCUCAAAUGCUGAUGACUUGGAUGAAUUACAUGCAAUUCUAUGUACAGUGGAUGUGGUGAUUGAUGAAACAUACACUCUUGAUCCAGCUGAGUACAAUCAAUCAACCUUUCUUCAAAAUGUAAAUGUUGAAGAUAACUCUUGCUUUGCAUUUCUCACUAAUCAAAGCUUAUGGAGAUAUGAUAAAAGAGUCCAAAACUCAACUGCACUUGACUGGUUUGAUGGAGCAGUCUCCCAACCCCAAUUGGUUCUAGCAGAUCUUAUCGAAGCUAUAUUCCCCACUGGAAAUUACACAACAAAAUAUUUUAGAAAUAUUGCAAAGGGAGAACGGAUUAUAAGCAUUGGAGCUAACAUGUGUGAUAGAGAUAUCUCCAUUCCAAUGGAGCCUACGAUACUAGCUUGUCAAUGAUGACACUUUAUAUUUGAAAAUUUGAUUCGUUUUUCAUCCAUUGUUUUAAUAAUUUUAUUUAAUUUUCAUUUAAGAUUUGUGAAUGUGUUCCAAGUGAAAGCAUUAUUGCUUAUGAUCUUAAUAGUACAAUUUUCUUAUCUAGAUGGGUUCUUUUGUUAGGCAAUUUCUUUGUAUUUUAUUUCCAAGCACGAUACAAAAUAAUAAAAUAAAAACAUUAUUUGGGUUA